UGAGCCUGAAUACGGAAGAGAAGGAAAGUAAACAUCACUGCGAGGAACAUCAGGAAGAACUGAAGCUGUUUUGUGAAACGGACAAGAAACUGAUCUGUGUGAUUUGUGCAGCUGGGCGGGAACACAGAAAACAUCGUUUCAUGCAGAUAGAUGAAGCUGUUGAAACCUACAAGGAUCAGGUUAAAUCAUCCAUACAAUCUCUGACAACAAAUAAAUCAGCCAUCCAGGAAACGGAAGAGCAACAGAAGCAGAAGAUUUCCCAAGUCCGGGAGCAGUCACAAAGCCUCAAGUCUCACGUCACAUCUCAGUUUGCUGAACUGCACCAGAUUCUCGUGAAGAAAGAGCAGCGCAUUCUCAGAGAGAUCAAGGAGGAUGAGGAGAAGAUUCUAAGUCCAAUGGAAAAAAAUCUUCAAGACAUUCAAGAAAAUUUAAACACUAUUGAGGAGGAACUCUCAAAGCUGCAGGGGCGAAUGGAACAAACAGACAUCGUGUUAUUUCUGAAGGAGGAAGCUGGUCGCAAGAGGAGAAUUAAUGAUGAAUCCCAGACAUUGUCACUGAGAGAUGGUGCCAUACUGGAUGAAAAAUUUGAUCACCCCUUCUGGUUGAACGCAGUGUUGAAAGAUAUUGUUGUUGCCAAUCACCAAGUCUCCGUCACCCUGGAUGUGGAAACAGCGCAUGCGCAGCUCGAGGAGUCUCCCUGA